AUGUCGGUGACGCAGCUGGAAGCCCUGGAGGCGACACGACUGGAGGUGGCACGCGCAACGCAGGAAGAGAUUACUGUGGGACGCAAAGAAAAGCAAGAGCUUCAGAGUCAAUUGGAAGCAGCGCAACAAUUGCUGCACCAGCAGAGUUCCGAACUUCAAGCACUAAAAGCCAAAAUUUCUCAGAAUGUUGGGCUCUCUACAUCUCUUGGCAAAGCUGCUAGGCGGCCAGUCUACGCUGAUCAGAUGCAAGAAGAAACGAGAGCGCGGCCGAGAGAUCCAGCGGUUGACUCAACUGUAGCGGAGUGCGCGAGACUGCGCCUGAUGUUGCGAGCGAAAGACCGGCAGAUACGAACUUUACAAACGGAAAUUGGAGAGCUCAAGCAGCAUCAUGCGCAAGCUCAGCAGCAGAGUGAAAAGCAGCAGCAAGAGCUACUAAAGCUUACACAACGCCUUGAGGUCCUCCGCAAGUCAAAGGCGCAUUUCGAGACGAAAGCUGCCCGGAUGGGACACGCACUGGAUGAAGCGGGUGUUGUCCUGAGAAGGGAGCGAGAAGAAAAGGCAUUACUGCUGCGGCUGGUUUAUGCGCACCCUCUUGACGGACCAGAAGCACCCGAAAAGGUUCAACAGCUGCUCCAAGGCGAAGAAGAGCCACCAGAUAAAACCCUGAAACAUCUACACCAGGAUGAUGACAAGACAAACUCGAAUGAACCGGCAUCGGACAUGCAAUGCUCUACGCAAGCUGUUGAAGGAGCGAAGACUGAAAGCGAUGAGCUCUGCUCGAUAGACGAAUGCAAGCCUACUUCUCACUCUAGGCUGGCUGCUCACCACUCUCAGGGGCCGUCGCCACCCGCUGUAGAGAGCGGCCAUAGCAGCUUCGUAGGAGCAGCCUCUCCUGCCAGUGCUGCGAAGACGCUGCCCUCUCCUUCUAAGUGUAUGAGCUCAGAACUCAGCGCACGGCAAGGCCAAGUAAUUUUCGGCGCAGCCUUCCCUUUGUCGGAGAGCAACGGAGAACAGGCCGUGCAGCAGCGAACCUUGCACUCUCCAGCUGGCAAGCCGGAACUCCUCUCCAGUAAUUCAUGCUCCAAAACAGAAUUCUUCGAGUAUUGCGGCAGCCUGCCCGCUCAUGCCACUUCAGCUUACCGGACGAUGCCGCUGCCGGAACAUCCUUCGGAGGCAAAGUAUUUCUUAGAGACCGUUAAGCCUAGCUGCACAAAAAGCGCAACUCGUACCUCUCAGGAACGCAAACACGAAGAGUCACAGCCCGAUUUGCUGCCUCACCAAUGGGAGGAGCGGGCAGCCCACAGUGGUUUCCCAGCGUCUCUGGAUCCUCCAGGCCCAAGCAUUCUUAGUGCUUCACAGCAACCCUGCUGGGGUCAAGAUGCAUCUACAGAAACCCCGCGCAAAAUAGAGGGGAAACCAACACAGUCAUCUUCAAAUGAAAGAUUGCUAUACAGUAACAGUCUUAGCUGGUCCCUGAGGUCUGCAGAAACCCGGUGUUGCCCUAGAAGAUUUGUUGUCGGUCACCAAUUGAAACCAUGCAAGUCAGAAUCAGCUAAUGUUAUUCAAGACGCUGAUGCCUAUCACGAACAUCAGCCUACAUGCAAGAGGGAAGCAUUUCUGAAUACUCUGCGGAAAGCUGCGCCUUGCAGUGUCCACUGUAGUUGUCCAGCUCACCCUUUUACGCGGACACAGGAGCAGUCAGGGCUUCACAAUAACUGCAGCUGCGGAGCGUGUAAGCCUUCGAGGCGAACGGUUGCGGUGCUAGCGGCAAGCCAUGGGAACAGCUGGGAUGAAGAUAGCAAGUCCUCAACAGCUGCGAGGCACCGCGCCAGCCGCAGCGCCGACAUCAGCAAUGAGCUUCCAGAGUUGCAUCGCACCCCCUCUUGUGUCCCUGGCUACUGUACACUUUCACCUUGUUCUCGAGGCCCCGUUAGGUGCCCUGGUAGCCUCGAGAUGCAUCCAGACUGCAAGGAUGGGAAGCCCCUGCAACCGAGCCUCUCGGAACAAAAGGCACCCCACAGUGACUCAAGUCGCGCCAUGUUUCUACAGAAAGAUUACUCACGAGCUAACUUCCUCGUUCAACCAGAAUCUGUCUAUAGGGUUAGAACUGGGACAGCUCGCGACGCCUCCCAGUUACACGACCCCUCUAAUUCAACACAAUGCCAUAUUAGGCCAGAGGAAAGCCCAAGAUAUCCUACGGAGCGGCCUCAAGGUGCGCCCGCUGAAGGGUGCGCUACCCACCAAAUUCAGCUCUUAGAAGAGCGGAAUACAGCGCCUCCUGUGUUGCUCACAGCUUGUGGUCAGCAACAAGGGUUGGACAUCCAUAUGGGGCGUCACGAAGGGUCAGAUUCGCAGCAAAAUGCUGAAUUUCUUUUGGAGUAUAGAGAUGGCCCUCAGCUCUCGAGCUGCAGUACCGGGUGCAAAGCAUUUGCAGGUUUGACAGACAAUAGCGAAAAUCCAACUAUCAGCACAAUACUCACCGGCAGCACUACCCUGCCUAGUGGGAAGUCCCCGUCGGUAGUUUAUCAGCAUUCUUGCAGCAGCACUUUGAUCGCAGCAGCAGGCGACGCUGGCACGCCGAAGGCGUCGAGCCCUCCAAGCAACACUCCAAGCCCGGAGUCCGUUCAGUUUAGCGUCAGUGAAGAUUCAGGCUCCUUUACUCCUAAAGACCCCGCGAGUAAUUGGUGCAUGGACGAAGUUGCUUGCCCUCGCAAAUCCAACGCCUGCAUACCAGACGUUCUCCACAGAGAGUUGAAUUUAGCCUCUGCAGAUGCAGUCAAAACGGGAACACUAGCGAAAAGCAAGGGCUCAAUCGCUCCCACAGGCGACCCAACAGGCUUGGUUAUGUUUGGACUGCAGCCAUCGCUCUCAGUGUUGAGCAUUGCUGCACGGAUCAUUCAGAGGCACUGGAGUCAAGCCCGUCAUCGCCUGAGGGAGAAACGCAAGGCUGCUGCACUCAAGGAAUUUGCAGUAGUCAGGCAAACUUUAGAGGAGCAAAAUGACCACCCUCACUCCCCACCAUUGUUGAGCCCCUGCGGCCGUACUGUGAACGAAAGGUGCGAAGUUGCAACGAAAGGCUGCCUGCAACCGGGACUACCAGGGAGAUCACGAAGUGCUGCAUCGCUGGCUCAUGCCGCCACAGGAGCCUCGAGGUCUGCGUCCCUGACACCAGUUACAGCUCCUGAUGGCAAUUCUAUUGUGGCGCCAUCAACAGAGAGGCCUGCGCCUAUUCAAAAGGCACAAAAAGCAAAAGCGUGUAUCUCGUCACAUGUUCCCUCCCUCAUGAGCAGGCGCCAAAGUCGCUCUGCUUCGGAGAUGAUUGCAGCAAAUAAAUCUAGUAGUGCCGCUGCUUUCGCCAAAAAAGACGAAGCAGAUAGGACAGAGACGCAGGACUGCCACCACAGUGCAAAAGAAGAAUGCCCCAAGGGACAAAGCGCCUCACUGCAUGGGAGCGUUUGCAGCUGUAGUGAUGCAGAGUUUGCUGCUCUGCUCCAAGAGGCUGAGGUUCACGACAGACGCAAAAGCCCUGAGCAUCUGGGAUGUUCUUGGGACAAAUGCUUAUCCCCUAAAUUUAGCAAUGCUCAGGAAAGCAAUGCAGAUAUUGCAAAGCAGGACAGAUAUUCGGAAGGUUGCCAGAUAUUGGAGGGGCAUGAACACGAAGUGCACAUGCGGAUGUUAUUGCCUCAAGUAAUUGCCGAGAGUUUCGUGCCCCCGCAGCCAUCGCUGGAGGCACUUCUGUUACCACAUGAGGCACCCUCCGAGGUUGACAAUGAAGCUUCUAUUGAAGCCCGGAGAUAUCUGCCUGCAGUACCGACGGGGUAUGCCUACGUCCUGUCAGCAGAAGCCAUCCUGGACUCCUCUUCCGCGUCCGAACUCGACAUCUCAAAGAACCAGAUACUGCACCACUGCCAACUACAUUUAACAGCAAACCAUAAACAGGUUCACCAGAUCCAACGGCAGCAGUGA